UGAUGCAAUAAUGGUGAAAAAAAAGGAUAAAUAUCACUUACCUGACUUGCCCCCCCCUCUUUAAUACAGCAUUUAAAAUUACAUUACUAUUAGAAACAUUCAAAAUUCUAAGCUGCACUGAAUCUGUGACGAAAUGGAUUUGAAAAUGCAGCACAUUUCACGGCCUUCAGCCUGCCAGUCAACCCAUCAGGGCAGAGCCACAGCACAUUGUCUAAAACAUGGUGGCUGAAUUCUGUGCACCAUAUGAUCAAAAUCAAUUACAGAUACAUUAGGCUUCAGUUAUGGUCUGUUUUAGACUUGCAUUCCCUCAGCAUACACAAUCAGGUGAGUGUCACAUUUAUGUAGAAUUGAAAAGACUUGGAAGUGCAUAUGUUAAUCUCUCACAACAAAUUAGCAUGCUUUCAUUUAGCGGUGUGUGGGAGGCUUACUAAUGUGUGUCUGGAUUUACCAGAGCCCCAAGCCUUUUAUCAGUGUACUCAACAGUAAUUUGAGACAGAUCAGCGUGCAAUUAAAGCCCUGACCAGUGACUCAUGGUUACAGCAGUCACCCUACCCUUCCUAGCAGCCACUAGGGAGAAGUAGGGUUUGGCACGGUGUGGGAUGCAUGUCAGUCCUUGGUGCCAAAGACAAAUUUUAAGCUGCCUUUCAUAAAUCUAGUGUUUACCAGUUGACAGUGCUACCUCGGUGUGACCCUUUUUAGUCAACCAAGCAUCUGAAAUAGUGAGUAGUAAAAAUCAGUCAAUACAAACAAACUAAUAGUAACUCAGAAGGUUACAUUACACUCACACAUUGGGUUGUAAGGAAGAAAUUGGCUGCCUAGUGCAUUACAUAAAUUCAGCAGGGGACUCUAAUUUUUGCCUGAGUUAAAAUAGCUAGGUGGCCUCGCAAGUGUGAUAGUCUUUCACACAUUAUCUAUAUUAAGGGUGUGCUCAGAAAAGCAGUUAUAUUUAACCUACUUGCUUGCUAAUUCUGUUUGGUUUUUUCCCAGCAUCAAUUUGCAUCAACAGCUCUUCUAAGAUUUGUUGCAUAGGGAAUCAUCACCCUAAUGGCUUAAGGCCAAAAAAAUAAAGUGUGUGUGUAUGCGCACGCCGCUGAAAAAAGAUAAACAUACGUCACCUUCUGAGGGUGUCAAAACCAGGCGAUAUAAAAAGCACUGCUGUAAUAGAGGACAUACUGUCAUAGGCUUGUGUUUAUCUUUAUAUUAUAAUAGGAGAACCAGUAAUCAGAUUGACUUUUUCAAGGUCUUGGAUAAGGAAAGUGUAGUGGGAAUACAACAGUAGUUUGCGGCAUUAUGGAGUUUAGAGCCUUUCUCAAGGGCACAAAAACAGCUAAAUUUAAACAAUGUUCCCAAUGUUCUGGCUGGAAUUUGAAUGUAGAACCCUAAUCCACUGAGCUUUAUCUGAUCCCUGUGACUGCCCGUGGAUAUGCCUUGUGCAGAACAUUGUGCUUGUAAUGUAUUCUGUUCAUUACCGUAUUCUACAUGCUUGAUGGUCUCAGAAUAGCACACCUAAAUUCUUGUUUUUGUGUUCUUUUAAAAGCAGACCUGGCAAUGACAUCAGUAGCUCGUUCUAUUUUAAAAGUAUGACCUCAUCAGCAUGGUUUCCAGACAUAAUGCAUCUACAUAAUAUAGAUGCCAGACUUCCACAUCAUACUCAUCUGUUCUGUAAUGGCACAGUCCAGGUACGGUACGAGGCAGAGGGCUUGUGGUAAUGAGUUAGAAAAUAAAAAAAAAACUUUAUCAACUAAUGCCACUAGUUGAGCAGGAAGGCAUACAGGUAUGACUAAAUGAAGGUGCAUAUCUUUUAAUGACAGCAGCAGGGGUGGGGGGAGAUGCAGAGAGACGGGAGAUAAAUGAGAUAUUACAGCUGCACGCAACAGGAAACAGCAGGUAACUGUGGCUAUUUUUAGCUCCGCAGGGGCAGUGAGCCAGAUGCCUGUGACUCAGAGCUGCUGCUCAUUGGUUACAUACAGGAGGGAUGAAAAGACACAGCAGGGCCGUACUACUAAAGAGCCUGUUUAUAAAGUGCUGUCACAGAUCAGCCUCGAGCAUUCCCCUAUCAUACCUACAGGACCAGAGCACUGUUUCCUUCUGAACUAAACGGGGCUCUUGACCCUUCAAGGAGGGCAUGUUUCCUGAAGGAAACUAUGAUUUAAGUGCUUAACACCAAGAAAAGGGCCUUUCAAAGACUUUUAUGCUAUGAGAACCAAAACAAGCACAUAGCCUGUGUGUGCAUUUGUGCAGUGAGAGUAUGCAGUGUGUGGGGGGAUGCAGUUUUAAUGAUUGCAUGUGCCUGUGUUUUGAGUCUUAUCAAUAUAACACCGACCCCCAGGAGGAGACGACACACAGUGCCGCUCAAUAUCUUCAGGAAGAGUAGUCGCCGUUAUGUUGUCCAUGUUGCCAUAGCAGCCUGGUUUAGGGUGGUGGAUAGGGUGUGUGGGUUUGUCAUAGCCCUAGCUUGCACCACUUGCUUUUAUGUUGCUAUUUAUACCUGACUCGUCACUGCCGCAUGCAGACAUUUUUGACUGCGGCAUUCUGAACAACAAAACAGGGUGCUGAAAUAGUUUGCCAAUAAUGAGUGAGCUGCUGCUUGCGUCACUGCAAGUGUCUCACCUUAACAACUCGCAUGGAAAAACUGGAGUGUUGCAAAUAGUCUGGCUUAUACAUAGGCUACUGUAGAAUCUCAAUUUUUCAGUGACGACAGCAGAUGACAGUGUUUGUGUCUGUCUUGUGUGUCUUUUAAUAUCCAUACUGGACACUGCACAUUUAAAGGAAGCAUUUAAAAGAUCUGACAUUUCAGAUGGUACUGGAAUGUUUUUCAAAUCUAAGUGUUUUAUGCACAUUACUUCAUUGCACAAUGUUUUUGGUGUCUUGCUUAUUGAUUCUUUGCAUUAUAAGCCAUUAACUCUAACUAGUUCACCAAAGGUUACAUAGUUUCAGUUGUGAAACUCAAAAUGUUAUCAGUGAGUCAUUCUUUUAGAUUUCAGCUUUGCAUUUGACAUUUCAAAUGAAUGCAGAUGCGGGUAGAUAAAAGGGACAUUUACUGGCAUAAAGACCAAACUGUAUAUAUGCACACGAGCGUGUUUAGAUGCCAACUUAACAUCCAUAUGGGACUCCUGUUUGUUUGGAGUUUGUGAAACUACCAUCUGUACUGUCUAAAAUAAUAGAGCUACACAAAAAAAUUAUACUUUAUGGGUUGAUGCACUACAGGUAACUAUGAAAAACAGCUAGGAGAGUGUGACAUUAUUUGUAUUCUUCUGUCUUGCACACGCCCCAGUCCAAGUUUGCUAUGCAGCCAGGGUUUUGUUUGCUCUAGGGCUCUUUUUGUAAGACCCAUAUCUCGGUAAUUGCUUAUUCCCCCGCAGAGGAGGCGCGCAGCCGCAGUUGGUUAUGAUGCUUGUUUGCCUCAUCCUUUCUGAGUGUGUCAUCCAAGCUUGCUAUUGAUUUCCACUGCCUUGCCAGCUAUUUAUAGAGCUUCAGGGACCUGAGGGAUGCCCUCUUGCUUUGUAUCCAGCUUAUUAUUUGUAAUGAGCCACAGGUUGAAGAAUAUAGGAGCAAUCUUUCCGUAAUGGUGAACGCUUGGAGGAGGGAUUAUGACUGGGGAAUAAUGGCAAGGCACACACAAACAGGCCAUCCAACUGACAAACGAGGUUAUAACACUAUGUCUUGUGUCGGAGCCAAAAGGGGUCAGUGGGAUGGCUGAUGCUUGAAGACACCCUGAGCUGUACAUCUUUCGGCUCAUAUGGACAUUAAGCCUGAAGUACCAUUGGCUCUGGAGCCUGCGUCUCCACUAGAUCUGCGGACAGAAGUGAGGAUGCCAGCCCUGGGCUCAGACCCCAAUGUGUGGGAGCGGCAGCUGCAGCAGGAGUUGCUCCUCAUUCAGAAGCAGCAGCAGAUCCAGAAACAGCUCCUUAUAAACGAGUUCCAGAAGCAGCAUGAGAACCUGAUUCGCCAGCACCAGGUCCAGCUGCAGGAGCACCUCAAGCUGCAGCAGGAGCUGCAAGUGAUGAAGCAGCGGCAGGAGCAGCUGGAGAAGGAAAAAAAGUUGGAGCAGCAAAACCAGGAAAGGGAACUGGAGAGACAUCGGCGCCAGCAGCAGGUCCUAAUCCUCAGGAGCAAAGAGCGGGCACGAGAGAGUGCAGUGGCCAGCACAGAAGUUAAGCAGAAACUACAGGAGUUUUUGUUGAGUAAAUCCACAAAGGACACAGCAUCCAAUGGAUCCUGCCAUACAUUCACACAGAACUCCAAACUGUGGUUCACGGCCUCCCAUCACACCUCUCUGGAGCAGAGUUCACCUCCUCUGGGAGGAGUGUCACCGUCAUACAAGUUCCCUUUGCCCUCCCUACCGGACUGCAGGGAUGAUUUCCCUCUGAGGAAGACUGCCUCAGAGCCAAAUCUGAAGGUGCGCUCUAGGUUGAAGCAGAAGGUUGCAGAGAGGAGGAGCAGCCCUCUCCUGAGGAGAAAAGAAGGAACCAUCAUGACACCCUUCAAAAAACGAGCCCUGGAACUAAUGGAGUCAUCGGCCAGUAGUAGCUCCACUGGUUCAGGCCCCAGCUCUCCAAAUAGAGCAUCAAGUUUUCCAGGGGCUGAAAAUGGACCAUCUCCUCUACCAUCUACCACUCACUCUGAGCGUUGGCCCUCACAGCCGAAGUUGCUUGGCUCUGAAGGUUCAGUGUCCGUAUUGAGUCUCUACACAUCACCGUCUCUGCCUAACAUCACGCUGGGCCUCUCCGCUGCCUCCUCCCCCAUCAGUGCUGGCGAGGGCAGUGGAGUGCUGCCUGUCAGGCAGGGUUUGCCCCCUCAGCUCCUGGGCCCUGUGCCUCUACCAGUCAGCAUGGAGAGUAAAGUGAGCAGCAGCCAGCAAGCACUCCUACAGCACCUCCUGCAGAAGGAGCAGCUCCGCCAACAGAAGAUCUUCUCCACUGGCCAAAGUGCGGGAUCUGUGCACCCUCCCUCUCCUCUGGCCAUGACGGAGCGUUCCUCAGGCAGUGUGCGGCCCAGAUUGCCGCGUCACCGGCCCCUGAACCGUACGCAGUCUGCACCACUGCCCCAGAGCAUACUAGCCCAGCUUGUCAUCCAGCAGCAGCACCAACACUUCCUCGAGAAGCAGAAACAGUAUCAACAACAGGUCCACAUCAAUAAGCUGUUUUCCAAGUCGAUCGAACAGCUGAGGCAGCCGAACGGGCACCUGCACGAGUCAGAGGAGGAAGAGGGAGAGGAUGUGCAUGAUCACACCAUGCAAGAGGACAGCUCGCCCUCUUCUGGAGUCAUCCGCAAGUGCAGCCCCAGCCGCAGGAGCAGCAACAGCAGCAUCCACAGUCCCAGUUUGCUCAGUGAAGAGGCGGAUGCUCACGCUAGGGUUAUUAGAAUCAAACAGGAGCCUGCUGACAGUGAUGAUGAAACACAUGCCAAAGAGAGCCUAGCAGAGAAGAAGAGUGCUUACCUUCACCAGGUCGAAGGAAGGCUGGUGAUACAGGCUAUGAACUGAUCUUAGGCAUGAGCAAACACACACACACACACACACACAACUCAUGCCAGGUUAUGCCACAGUAAGCCCUUCUGGACUGUAGACAUUUGUGACCUUGUGACCUUGUGAUGUGAUCUCUGUAUUGUAUGCUCUAAUGUUCUGUAUAUAAUUUGAAGAAGAAGAAAAAUCUAGAUUGGUAUAUCUUUUAAAGCCGAAGAAGCAUCUCUGUUUGUAAGAAGACUUUUGAAUUGUAAUUACUUGCCCUUUCUACUUUCGAUCCACCCACUGGAAAAGAACUGUGCUAGAGCUCAUGUAGAAUAAUCACUGACUUUUUUCGGACACUUUGAACUUUGCAUAGCUUUCAUUUCGGAUGAUUUUAUUCUUUUACUGUUUCCAGUGUAAACUCCAACAGGAGCACAGCUAUAGCAUCAGUAUCCUCCCUGUUAUUGUGUAAUAGAGCUUUAGAACAGCGCUCUGUGUCCUGGGUUCUCCCAGGGGUCUGUAUCAAAGUUGUGCUCUGGGCCCAGUGUAGUGCUCGGCUUGGCGGCUCACUCACAGUGAGAGAGGGCUGAGCAGGAAAUGCCUGGUGGAAGCCAGGAACCGGAGUGAUUCAUGAGCACAAGAAUGUUGGGAGAGGACGAGUUCAGCGUUCAGCAAAGUCCAAGAGGCCAGUCAUGAGCCCUGAUUUACUAUCGGGGCAAAUUACAAAACAAGUAGGGAAACAGUGGAGUGAGUCCCUAUUUAAAAUCAAUAAUUUCCUCUUUAGACUGGGGUAAUGUGUUCACCUCCCACAUUAAGAUUUUGAUGUCCUUUCCCUCUUUGUGAUUCCUUAUUGCUGAUUAUUUCUCCUCUCAAAGUGGCCAGAUAAACAUAACUCUCAUAUUUCCAUACCUACCAUCUUUCUUGUAACUUUCCAUCAUUUGUCCUGUUUAGCCCUGUCAUUGUAAAAGCAUUAGUGAGAGUAAUAUGUGUGUGAGAUCCUGUGCCACAAUGCUGCCACAUAAAGGAAAACCUGUUCAUUAUAUGUGACUCACCAUAACGUCUUUAAAAGUAAAGCAUUCUGGACAUGUCUGCCUGUGUCCUGUUCUCCUGUUCCUCUGUCCAGUAACAGUAGGCUCUUCUUCACUUCGUAGCUGUUUGGAUGGAUCACCAUCUCGCUUUGUUACUGUCUUUUUAAAAAUAAAGUAUGUUUCCAUCCUGUGAUCUAUAA